AUGGGUUCUUUCUGGAAGAAAUUUCUCUUCUUUUUCCUUCUCACCAUCCAAUCAUUCAUCUCGGAAACAAUCUCAUUGGAAGACAACAAUCCAACGGCCUAUGAAAUCCUCAGGGAUUUCAACUUCCCAACAGGUCUUCUACCAGCUGGUGUCACUGCCUACGAUUUCGACCCUCUGUCGGGCAAAUUCUCUGCUUACUUGAAUGGUACAUGUACCUUCACUCUUCAAGGGGCUUACAAAUUGAGAUAUAAGAAUACCAUCAAUGGGUAUAUUUCGAAGGGAAGGCUUGCGAGGCUUGAAGGUGUCAGUGUGAAGUUUAUUUUCUUCUGGGUUAAUGUAGUUGAAGUGUUGAGGAAAGGGGAUGAGCUUGAAAUUCUCAAUGGGGGUUGCUGCUGCAGGUUCCUAAAAUGCAGUCAUCAGAAAGUAAGGAAGAUUGGCGAAAUGACUUCUUCUAAGUAG